AUGAAAUUUCUUGCCAUUGCUAACCUCCUGGCCUCGGCCAGUGCCACUAUCGUCUACCCCUACACCAGUGCCUCCUGCGGCGUCUCCACUGUGGGCAAGAUCACCUCGUGCGGCUGCACCAACAUGGGCGCCAACUACAAGAUCACCGGAGCCAAACUUGAUUUCCAAAAGGCCACUGCCCCCUUUUACCAGGGCAAGGACUGCAAGGGAGCCUUUAUCUCCAAAGCAUUAGACCAGUCAUGUGUUGAGCUCCCCGUUGGUUGGAGUUCUUUCGGUUCGGUCAAGAUUCAUGGUGGCACUUGCUAG